GCCUCCCCCACCGCCAGCCCUAUUCUUCCAGUGCGUAGCCGGCACUAUAUUUCCCAUCUUUAGCGCCAUGAGCUUUGCCGAGCUCCUUGAACAUGUCGGCAGCAUGGGACGCUUCCAGAUCCUGUACGUGGCCCUUCUGUCCCUCCCCAUUUUCUUCAUGUCGUCCCACAUGGUGCUUCAGAAUUUCACGGCGGCCACCCCGGACCACUAUUGCGCGGUCUACCAAAAGACCUUCUCCGGGAACCGAACCUUGGAAGAAGAAGAUCUGGUGAAGAUCUCCAUUCCCAUGGACGAGAAGGAACGGCUGGACCAGUGCCACCGCUACGUCAACCCCCAGUGGUGGCUCUUGAACUCCAGCGUCGGCGUCAACGCCAGCGAUCCGGAGAUCCCUCUCGUGAAUGGGACCCCCCCGGAAACGGAGCCGUGCCAAGACGGGUGGGUGUACGACAGGAGCGUCUUCCCCAACACCAUCGCCAUGGAGUGGGACCUGGUUUGCUCCUCGAGAAGCCUCAAGGAAAUGGCCCAGUCUCUGUACAUGGCUGGAGUACUGCUGGGAGGAAUCGUCUUCGGCAGUCUCUCAGACAGGUUUGGACGUCGUCCGCUUCUCAUCUGGUCUUACCUGCAGCUGGCCACAUUAGGGACUGCCACGGCCUUCUCCCCCAACUUCACUCUCUACUGCGCCUUCCACUUUCUGACGGGCAUGGCCUACUCAGGAGUUGUGUUCAACUGUCUCUCCCUGUCUGUGGAAUGGACGCCCACCCGAACACGGGCCAUCCUGGGAACGUGGACAGGAUUCGCCUACACCCUCGGCCAGCUCCUCUUGGCCGGCUUCGCCUACCUCGUCCCUGAAUGGCGUCAACUGCAGCUUGUGGUCUCUGCGCCUUAUUUUCUCUUCUUUGCCUACUCCUGGUGGUUUGCCGAAUCGGCUCGCUGGCUGGUGAUGGCUGGUAAGCCGGACCAAGCGGUGAAAGCACUCAAGCGGGUGGCCAGGAUGAACGGGAAGCCUGAAGCUGGAGACAAGCUGACCAUUGAGUUCUUAAGAUCCGAGAUGAAGAAAGAAAUGGCCGCUCAGAAAUCAAGCUACUUCUGCCUAGAUUUGGUGAGGACGCCCAUCAUGCGCCGGAUUUCCUGCUGCCUCUGCUUUGUGUGGUUCUCUACCAGCUUUGCCUAUUAUGGGCUGGUCAUGGAUCUGCAGAACUUUGGGGUCAGCAUCUACUUCAUGCAGGUGGUUUUCAGCCUGGUGGACUUCCCAUCCAAGUUCCUCUCGGCCCUCUCCCUCAGCUACGUCGGGCGGAGAUUUACCCAAGCGGUCACACUCAUGCUGGCUGGCUUAACCAUCGUAGCCAACAUUUUCAUUCCUGAAGACAUGCUAACCAUGCGUACUGCCUUUGCUGUCUUCGGGAAGGGCUGUUUGGCUGCCUCAUUCAACUGCGUCUAUUUAUAUACAGGAGAACUCUUUCCAACAGUGCUCCGGCAAACCGGGAUGGGCCUCAGCAACACCAUGGCCCGAUUGGGCGGCAUGGUAGCGCCGGUGGUGAAGAUGUCAGGCGAAUACGUUCCUUUCCUGCCCCACGUGAUCUACGGGGCUGCCCCCAUCGUGUCUGGCUUAGCUGCUGCGUUCCUUCCCGAAACCUUGAACGUCCCUCUGCCGGAUACAACAGCACAGGUGGAAAACAGAUCACGGCGCUGGAAGGACAAGGAGCAGCAGCAAAUGGAGGACCUCCUCCAUCCCAGCAAGUCAGAAGCCCCCAAGACCACUGUUUAAAGAGAGAGGAGAGUCCACGAGGGGUGGUUUCCCCACGCCAUGGAAGUUCCUGAACUGCAAGGCAGAUGUUGUGUUUGGAAUGGAUUCUUACAUGUGGCAAAGCCUGUGGGCAUCCAGAAGAGGCCAAUGAUAACACCCAGAUGAUCUGAACACUGAGAAAACCAGGACAGACUUUUUUUUGGGGGGGUCUGGGAGCGCCCCUCAAAAAGGUGUUGGUUGCCGUCCGAUUCUGAGUGCCAUUCCAUGUUUACUAUUUCAGGCCAGUCCCCAUCGGAGGAACUCAAUGUUGAAGAUGAAGCAUGCAAACAGAGAGCCUUUAAAAAUUAUUUAAUAUACAUU